AAGAGGAGAAGAAGCGGGGGAGGGGGGAAGAGGAGAAGGGGAGGAAGAGGAGGAGGCGGCGGCGGGGCGGCAGCCCGAGCCCGGCGUGCCCGUGGGCGUGCUCCCCGGCGGGAGGACCGCCCGCCGCCGCCGCCGCUAACUUUGCUGCUUGGGAAGAGCCGCCUUCCAUCAGCCGGAGGGCUCGGCGGCGCGGAGCCUCCGCCGCACCCCGCGAUGAAGGGCCAGCGGCGGCGGUGGCGGUGGCGGGGCGAGCACCGUCGCUUCGCCGCCGUGCUGGUGCUGUACACGCUGCUGCUGCUGCUGCUCGUGCCCUACGCGCUGGACCACGGCGCCGGGCGGGCGAAGGACGAGCCGGAGCCGCUGCUGCGGCGCUGCCCCAGCCUGGAGGAGGCGCUGAGCGAGUGGGGCUGGGAGCAGCAGCAGCCGCCGCCGGACGAGGAGGACGACGAGAACGAGGAGGACGAGGGCGGCGGGGCGGCGGGGAACGGCAGCGCGGCGGCGGGGAAGCGGCACAUCUACCUGCACGCUACCUGGCGCACGGGCUCCUCGUUCCUGGGGGAGCUCUUCAACCAGCACCCCGACGUCUUCUACCUCUACGAGCCCAUGUGGCACCUGUGGCAAGCCCUCUACCCCGGGGACGCGCUCAGCCUGCAGGGCGCUCUGCGCGACAUGCUCCGCGCCCUCUUCCGAUGCGACUUCUCGGUGCUGCACCUCUACGCCGCCCCGCCGGCCCCCCGCGACCCGCUGGCCCCCGCCCCGCCCGCCGCGGCCAACCUGACCACGGCCAGCAUCUUCGGCUGGAGGACCAACAAGGUGAUCUGCUCGGCGCCGCUCUGCCCCGCCGCCCCGCGGCCCCGCGACCACAUCGGCCUCGUCGACGGCGCCGCCUGCGAGGAAUCGUGCCCUCCGCGGGCGCUGCGGGAGCUGGAGGCCGAGUGCCGCAAGUACCCGGUGGUGGUCAUCAAGGACGUGCGGCUGCUGGAGCUCAGCGCCCUGAUGCCGCUGCUGCGCGAGCCGGGGCUCAACCUGCGGGUGGUGCAGCUCUUCCGCGACCCCCGCGCCGUCCACAACUCGCGCCUGAAGGCGAGGCAGGCGCUGCUGCGGGAGAGCAUCCAGGUGCUGCGCAGCCGCCACCGCGCCGAGCCGCGGGGCCGCCAGCAGCAGCAGCAGCAGCUCCUGCUGCCGCCCGGGCUGCGGGGAUCGGCGCCGCAGCACCGCGCCGAGUUCUUCCUCGGCGGCGCUUUGGAGGUCAUCUGCCAAGCGUGGCUCCGCGACCUGCUGCUGGCCCGCCGCUCACCGCCCUGGCUCCGCCGCCGCUACACCCAGCUGCGCUACGAGGACCUGGUGCGGGAGCCCCGCGCCCAGCUGCGCCGCCUGCUGCGCUUCGCCGGGCUGGCCGUGCCACCCGCUUUGGAAACCUUCGUGCUCAACAUGACCCGCGGCGCCGCCUACUCCUCCGACCGGCCCUUCCUCAUCUCCGCCCGCGACGCCCGGGAGGCCAUCCACGCCUGGAGGGAGCGCCUCAGCCGCCAGCAGGUGCGGCAGGUGGAGGCUGCCUGCGGCGAAGCCAUGAGCAUCCUCGCCUACCCGCUCGGCGGCGACGCCCGCUAGCCCCGCUGAGAUCUCGCCCCGGGGAAUGGGAAUGGCCCGAAGGCUCUGCCCGGUCCCAGCUGCAGGACGGGAGCCCAAAGGCUCGGUUCUGCCCAGUCCCGGCUGCAGGAUGGGACCCCAAAGGCUCGGUUCUGCCCAGUCCCG